AUGGAAGAAACAUACAAAGGUGUUCAGCUGCCUGAUGAAGCUCUAGAAGCUGUUGUGCUUGAAUUACUUGGGCAACUGAUAGCUGUCAGUUGGCAAUGGAGUGGAAGUCUGUGCACUUGUUCAAACAUGUGGUCGUGGAAUAAACUAGGGAGGUUAAACUUACUGUUGACGGCUGAAUUCCGUCAACAGAAAUACGCCGGGUUACCUGCUGGUAUCCCGUUGGGUUACCGGCUGGAAAUUAACGGUUGUUCUUAUCACGCCGACAAGUUCGGGCGGAUUGUCCUGCCUUUGAUCUUCCCAUUGAUCAUUGUUCCGGCGAUUGUUGUUGCUUCGUCGGUCAGCCCUGCAUUCAUUGAGCCUCCCUUCUCGGAUCAACCUUUCAACUUCGUCUUUCAGAUCAAAGCAUUUGGCGGUCGUAUGUCCGCUUUCACUGUGAAAUCUACAAUACUUGCUCUAAUUUCUUCUCACCGGGUUAGACUUGAGCGGCGGUGGCCGACGCAGUACCUAGAGAAAUACGCCGGGUUACCUGCUGGUAUCCCGUUGGGUUACCGGCUGGAAAUUAACGGUUGUUCUUAUCACGCCGACAAGUUCGGGCGGAUUGUCCUGCCUUUGAUCUUCCCAUUGAUCAUUGUUCCGGCGAUUGUUGUUGCUUCAUCGGUCAGCCCUGCAUUCAUUGAGCCUCCCUUCUCGGAUCAACCUUUCAACUUCGUCUUUCAGAUCAAAGCAUUUGGCGAUCGUGAUUUCGGUGAAGAGAAUGUUGAACUUGUUCAAAGUGUAGCUAAUCUGAAAUUUCCGAAAGCUGUUAUUCUUGGAAAUCAUGAUGCUUGGUAUACACAACAGUUUUCUGGGAAGAGAAAGGAUGGUGUUCAACUUCAGCUUGAAAGUCUUGGUGACGCUCAUGUAGCUUAUCAAUGUUUGGACUUUCCUAUGGUAAAACUGAGUGUUGUUGGUGGACGACCAUUUUCUUGUGGUGGACAAAAGGUGUUUCCAAAAAGGCUCCUGUCUGCAAGAUAUGGAGUUGAAGACAUGGAUGGAAGUGCUAAAAAAAUCUGUAAAGGUGCUUUAAGUGCGCCUGAGGAUCAUUUCGUUAUACUACUUGCACAUAAUGGACCCACAGAUGCAUGUCUGCAGUUGGAUGACAUAUGCGGAAAAGAUUGGGGAAUUGGAGACGGCGAUCAUGGUGAUCCAGAUCUAGAACAGGCCAUAUCCCUCUUAAAAGACAGCAACAAAGUCUCUGUCCCAUUGGUAGUGUUUGGUCACAUGCAUGAAAGGGGUCUGCGUAAAAUGAUCGUAAAGAUCGUGGUCGGUUCCGACGACACCAUUUACCUGAAUGGAGCCAAUAUUGUUCCUAGGGUUAGAACAUUGAUUAAUGAACAAGCCAAAGAAGGAAGCAGCAAGAGUGAGUCUAAAGGCUCCAUGAUGGCCUUCACUAUAGUUGACAUUUUGGAUGGACGAGUUGAUAAGAUUGCUGAAAGUUAGGUUUCAGUUUUUGGGGACAAGGCCACAUUGGAAGAGGAGCACGUAUUAUUUAAGAGGCAAUUAGAGUUAACCCAAAAUUGGAUUUCUCUAUUUCAGUCAUGUUGUGUUUAG